UCUCCAAGCAAUCGAUACUUGACACUAUAGAUACUUCGGGAGACGGGAAAGAUUGGUUGUUUGUGUACCAAGCUGUCUUUGCUGCCGUUUCAACUGAACGGAGGAUCUGGAUCAAAAAGAAUGUAGACAAAAAGCUUUCAGACGUGGCCUCAAAACUUCGAGAAUUGGUGCAAAAGACUGCCGAUAGAAUCAGGAAACAGGUGCUUAAAGCCCUCGUGAAUCAUUUAAUUCAGACGAUGGUAUACAAAGGGGGUCUUCUCGAGCCCCUUGCUCUCGAUUAUGCAAAGUCCCUCGUUUUCCUCUUCCAAUCGUCCGCGCUACAUCUCGACCAUCUGGAGGCUGAACGCUGGGCAAACCUUGUUCACAUGUGCUUUUCAGUUCUUCUGGGACGCCAAGUGGCUGGGCCAUCAUCCCCCCAAAAAAGGCAUCGUUCGCCUGGUACCCCCAACGAAUUGGAGGACAGGCCAUCUAAGACUUUUGUUACACAAGUUCAAAUAGAACUUGCCAACCUUCUCAAAACUCUGAUGUCAAGCACGUCGUAUCCCUACAUGUCGACCGAAUAUCGUCAUCUUGUACCUGCCUUGCUGAAACGAUUCCAAAGCUUUUUCUUUUCAUACUCCCCAGAUGUUUCAAUACAGCCUCAGAUAUUUGCUGCCCUUACGACCCUGCUCCGAAGCAUUUCCUUCAACUUUAUUCAACCUGUAACGGAUUUUGGACAUGCAGUUUGGAAGCAUAUCUUAGCUCUCUUCGCAUCGAAGCAUCGGCACAUCAAAGAGGAUAUCAUCAUCACCAUGCGGCUAUUGCUACCCUUCCUCACCAGUACAAUGACAUAUAUUCGCCAACCAGGUGGGAACCUCGUCGCGGACAAUCUCCGCGCUUUAUCGCGCCGAAUUCAAUCAGAGGCUGAGAAUCGCACGAAAAAUGUGCUUGAGCCACUGUCGCUUGAGUACAUUCGACUUCACCAUUUGGGUAAUGGGGAAGCUUGUCGUGUGUCUGCCGACAUAUUUACCGGAAAUCAGCCCUUACAUGGGCUAUGCUUGAAUUACAGGCCGAUUGCACUCUCAAGGUAUUCAUCCGUUGUAAUUCUUCACGAACGGCGCGACUGCGGCUCGGAUACUACACCGAACUCGAAAUCGUCGAAACGGAUGAGAUACGAGCAUCCCAUUUUGGCUCUCAUGGACGCCAUCAAGAACGCACCCACUCAUACUCCUCCGGUUCACAAACUCCAACACUUACUAUUUUUAAUCGAAAGACACUGGAUGAAACUGGAAUUGGAUGUACGAAAGUCCAUCUUCGACACUGUCCGUGACCAUAUCUGCCUCGACGAUGUUCCCAGCCAACCUUGGGCGUUUUUAUGUGUGGCAGCCAUCGCAUAUGCGUCACGUUCGCAACAUUCCAACGAACUUGGGGAUUGGAGAGCAAUUUGGACGAACACGAUCAAGCGAUUAGGUGGACACUCUCGGGCAGCGUGUCAUGCGGCUUACUCUAUCUUGUCGUGUUCGCACAUAGGUCAACCAACAGUCGACUGUGAAAACAUCAUCAAGGGACUUGCACUUCACGGACCUGCUUAUCCCUUUGAUUCGGCAUGCAGUCUAUUGCGUGAAUACAAUUGGGGCAUUCAUUAUUCCGUGGGACAACACAAGCGGGAUGCACUGCACAUGGACGACAUAUUACAACUUGCGUGCAUGUUAUGCGCUUUCCAUCGACCUAAUUCUCUUCAUUACGAACCUUUAUUACCGAGUUGCUCUGUGGUUUAUGCUUCACAAGAGAUGAUCCGCGCUUUCGCCAUAAGGGAUUAUAUCUUGGAUGGCGUGAUUAGGGAAGAACCACCUCCAGCGCAUCCUUUUCAGGGUACUGCAGAGGGGAGUUUGUCAAAGAGAUAUGAAACACCAACACUUCUGUCGCUCAAAUUUUCCGAGUUCCUUGAACGGAGCUUACAUUCAAUUCAUGGAGACGAUGGCGAAGCUGGACUCAUCGCGCAUGAUAAACUUCGCCGAGCCAUUGACAUUUCGAUCUUGGCAUUGGCAUUUCAAGCAUCCAUGCGGAUCAACGGUUAUCGUCAUGUUUCCAGAGUUCUGAAAGCUGCCUGCGACGUUUUAGAUCAGGCUCACCCCCACCUCGUCAGCAAGUCCACUCGCACAUGGAGUUCCGCUGAACGCACAUAUGUGCUUGGCGCUCUGGACCCGAUGACAUUGAAUGCAAACCUGUGGCCUUCGGAUGAUUGGAAUGCCCUUACAGGCUUGGCUUCGACAUCAGGUGUGGGGAUUGAGAUUUAUGACCCUGAGGCUGUUUCAAGUGCAAAUGGCUUGCCGCGUUCGGAUUUUCCGGAAGGCCAAACAAUUUUGUGGACAGAAUCGGUGGUUCAAGCUUGUUUUACCUCCAUCAUCGAAUCCACGGCAGACCUAUGCCUUCGCAUAACUACCGGGAAUGAAGCUCUCAACGCUGAGGAUGAUUUUGCAACACAUUUUAGCCCAACCCUUACUCAGGAUUUGGCGAUAUCCUCAAGCGCUCGAAAAAUGUUGCAGUCCUCAGGCUUGCAUCCAAUUCGUGACGAUAAACUGAUCAGCAUUUUGUUGGACGAAGUGGAAUUUGUUCCUCUAGCAGUCUUCCUUCCGUUGUUGCUAGAGGGGAUACCCAGAGGCCAUUACAUUCUCGAGUCCACGAUGCUUGAUGAGCUUUUCGACAAAAUGCAUGACCUCUUGAAGGACAGUUCCCUCUCACGAAACGAGACUUUGACUCUUCUCUUAAUCGAAAUCCUUCGAAACACGAUGAGCAUCUGGGUUGAUCCGAUACACCUUCUCACUGAUAUUGGUUGCAAAGCCCGCGACUUUAUCUUUUGGAUUGUAAUGUUGUUGGAAGGGGGCAAGGCUAGGUCAUGGAAAGUUCGCGAUCAGACACUGCGAUUGCUUGAAGAAUACUUAAGGCAAGACCCAUCGGAAGCAUUCUGGAACACUGGGGAUGACCGUCCUACACACGGUCCCUCAUAUUGGAUCUGGUCACUGGGGACGGAUUUAGACGUUCGGGUCCGCUUUAGAAGUGCUGUAGCAUCAUCUCGGCUUUUUGUCCGUGAAGGAAACAAUUUCCUUUCAGCCAAAGCUUUGUAUGAGAGCAAUACAGAGAAACAUGCGGCACAUCGUGAUGAAUUGGAGCAUAUCCUGACUUGUCUACUGUGGAUGGGGAAUGUCAUGAUCGUCAGCGCCGAAAUCCGUCGACUACCUUACCAAGACUUAUUACUCACCUCCGUACGUGAGGUUCGCCAAUACGACGAGGUCCUGCAAUCCAUCCUCAAAUCUGUAGUGGGAAGACUUAAAAUUUCCGAUCUGCGGAAGCUUUCGGAUACCUAUAUUGCCUCAUCGUCACUCACAUUCCUCGAGAUGUCCCAGGAUUUGACAAACAUUCCUCCUUCUUUGCUAGGAUAUGGAACGCGGCAGUCGAGCACUGAGGGGAUCUGCCUGCGCUGCUUGCCAGGUGGCCUCCUAUACCGUGAUUCUUCAGCCGCACUCAACAUUGGUCGAUUUCAAUUAUCGUCAUUCUGCCGCGUCAUGAGAUUGGAAGAAAGCUACCUUCUACCACAACUCUUUGCGCCUCGUGUUUCCAUGAGGAUAUGCAUGGAACAUGACACGUCCCCUGGUGGAAGAAUAACGACGCAGCAAUCGGACGACAUGUGGAACACUUUCGAGACAUGGGCAGCUGACCUCGUAGGAGAUAACAUCUCGGUAUGGGAUGCGAAUAUAGACGCAAUUAUUUUUGAGAUUAUCCGCACCGUCGGCGAAGUGGAUGUGUCUCCAGGGCAAAGCUUAUACGCUGCUGUUGACUCUAUUGGGUUUUGCAACCUUGACGUUUUUCUCAAUUUGACGCGUUUCCGUGAAACAAUGGACCUUACUUCUGCGAACACUGUAGGAACCAUCUACCAUGUCCUUCAACGGUUGUUCGAUCGUAUUGGCGAAUCAAUCUUGGUAAACGACAAGAUUCGCUGCCUCAAUGCAAUGUGCCUGCUUGUUGCUUCCAAGUCGGACGUAGUGAUCAGUAGCCAGGUUCUUCUGCGGAGACUGCUAUUCGGCUCCUCCGUAAUUAUUUCCCAGCCGUCCUUGGCGAACAGAGCCCGCUCCAUUUUCCAUUGGGCAUCCGAACACUACGCACUCCCCCAAGACUCUGAUGGCUAUCGGUUCAUGGAUUGCCUGGUGCGUGUUAGUCGAACUUCCUAUGAUUUGUCGAGAUCCCCUAGCGACAGUGUUCGGUCCGUGGGGUCUGCAACAUUCCAAUGGAUAGAGCAACUAGUGAUUCACCUUUUUUCAUCAUCCCAAUCACCAUCUGUGAAAAGACAAAUCAUCACAGCACUCACUCUAUGGCCGACAACACUAGGGAGGAGUUUAGAAGCCCUGAUGCCGGCCCACCGGAGCGAAACAUUGAGAAAGGUUUUGGCAAAAGAUGGGUUGGCCUGCAAUCAACCAGGAUAUGAUUUAACAAGGUUCUUAACCCACGAUUUUUGGUUCCUCAAAUCUUGCAUUCCGGAGGAUGUCAAUAUUGGUGAAGAUGGCUCAAAGGCUUUCCUUGACCUCAUAUUCAGCGGAGGAGGGCGCAUCACACGGAAUCCAUCGCUUCAUCUUAUGUCCCAUUCUAUUGGCUAUCGACACCAAAAGGAAUACAAACGCGCCAGCGGAACCGAAGGCACUAGGGAUGAUUCCUAUGUCAGCCCCCACCUAGCCAUUCUUUUGUCACUAGUUGAUUGCUUGUUUGGUGAUCAUACGCGCCAAAUACAAUUGGCAUAUAUCACGCUUCGUCGACUUCUGCCUCAGAUCAAAGUUGGCGAUUGGGUCAGCGCCAAAGAGUUGGAGGAAGCCUCCAUUAUCCAGUAUCCUCGUCUCAAACAUGUGGCGAAGGUGGACGUACCCGACUUCACCGUUUUGGAAACGAGCUUAAUUGCCGAAGCGUCUGUAUUUCAACGUUGGAUUGCCUCCGUCACUCAAUUCUUCUGCAAUGUGCUAGCUUCAGCUGAUGAGUUUUAUUGCCAUUUUACUCUCAUCCUCUCAGAGAACACGGACUUUGCAGCACAAUUAUUCCCUAUUCUUAUUCACGAGGUCCUCCGAGAAACGGCAAAGGAAGGGAAAUCAGCUUCAUCCAUGAGAGAAAAAAUUUCUACUUUCUUUAAUAACAUCCUGAAUGAAUCAUUCACCGAUACACAAACUAUUCGAUCCAUCAUUGAUUCGUGCUGCCCCUUGGCGUACGAACAAUGGCUGGAUCUUGAUCUACUUCUACUCUCUAAGGGGGCUGCGGCCUGUGGAUCUUAUACAACGGCUCUUCUAAUAUUGGAGCUCAGAAGCGAAUCAAGCCCCGCCGAUUCCCUUGUCGAACACAUCAUGUACGACAUAUAUAGUCACAUCGAGGAACCGGACGGUUUCUACGGUAUCCCAAGCCACAAUGCCGAGGAUUUUUUAAUUCGGAGGAUAGAACACGAGAAGCAGUGGACGAGGGCCCUUAGUUUCCAUGGCGCUAGUUUCGAGGCUCGACCUGUAUUUGCCUUGGAACCGCCAGAUGCAUCCGCAGUUGUAAGAGCUCUCCACUGUUUUGGACUAGAUCGUGUUGCGGACGUGAUGCGUGCGGCGGCUCCUUCCGAAAUAGGCAGCGUUGAUUUGGAUCUAGGGUGGCGAACCGACAAUUGGGACCUGCCCGUUCGCAUUCACGAUGGCGUCGACAAUGCCUCAUUAUACCUUUCCCUGAAAUCUAUACACCGUGAACGAGAUCCUCAGGUUUCUCGUUCCCUUGUCCGGAGGAUGAUCCAUCAUGAGCUUCAUCACCUUCGGGACCUCAAAGAUGAGGAUUAUACCGAAAUAGAGUCCAGUGUUCGUCGCUUGCUUUGCAUUCGAGAAGUGAAUAACUGGCUUCAAGGGAUGUCCGAGACCUUUGCAUCUUCUGACCAUAAGAUCGCGUUCCAUCAGGUGCCUUCAACAAUGCGCUUUGCCGAUGUAGAGGCAAUAAUUUCUACUCGUCUAUCACUACUGCGAGCUGGGCAACGACGUGAACGUGAUAGCAAGGAGCAGAUUGGCAAUAUCCCCAACCCUCUGUCUCAAUCGUUGAUCAACGCUGAAGUCGCAUGCCUCCUAGAACUAUCAGCGGCCGCAAGGGAUGCAUCUUUGGUUCAGCUUGCCCUCAACUCUAUUACACAAGCUCGUUCCCUGGACGCAAAUUCUUUCAUCUUUGAAGUGGCGGUGGAGUUUGCUAAAGUGUUGUGGAGCGCUCAGGAACGAAAGAUUGCUGUCGAUUACUUGAUGACUAUCGGCGACAAGUAUCCUGAUGCGAACCUCGAAUCUAGAGCCCUGUUGCUAGCACAGAUUGGUGAAUGGAUUUCCCAUGCUAGCCUCAAGCCUCCAAUGCACAUCCGAGACACGUAUUUCGAACCGGCCCACAAGUUAAUGGAUGCCAUGGGCUCUGACCAUAGCCGUCUUGCAUCUAUUCCUCACCGCUUUGCAUCAUUUGCUGAGCAUCAGUAUCUAGCCAUCAAUCGCUCUGAUUUAUCCUCUCAAUUAAAGUCGUACAUGAUUCGGAAGCAACAAGAAAUUGAGUCCUUGGCAUCCGUCAUCUCUUCUUCGCAACCUGACCAAAGGCAUCUCUCUCUGGUCAGCCAAGCCCAGAGAAGAGCCAAAGUCAUGUUUGAACAGGAUUCCAAGCAAUUUAGUCUUCACAUGGAAAAGAUGAAUCUCUUCCUUUACGAUGCUAUUGCCAUGUACAGUCGCUGCCUUGUACUCUCAGACGAGUACGACCGCGACUCUGUCAUCCACCUGUGUUCCCUUUGGUUCGGCAACUUCGAGGAUGACGAACUGAAUCGCUACAUUGAACAGGCCAUCGACCCAAUACCAUCCAGAAAGUUCAUUUUCUUUGCGCAUCAACUUUCGGCAAGACUCUCAGCCCCCACGGGCAGCUCCGGGACGGUUCAACAUCCUUUUCACGGCCUUUAUCAGGUCUAUGCUCUUCUGCAUAACUCUCCACCGCCUUCGGGACAACCGUCCUCCAGCUUGGAGGCAAUAGUGGAUUCUAGGACCCUCGCUGCAGAGAAAAUUUUCAACUCUCUUCGAAACCAGCCCACUGUAGGACCUAGACUCCGAGAUGUGGAGCGUGUGUGCGACGCUUACGUCGAAUGGGCCACAUUCUACCUUGACAAAGAUAAUAAGAAGGACCGGGCUGGACCAAUUCCGAGUCACAUCAGGUUGCUAGAGCUAAAAAAUGUUAAUAUUCCGGUGCCAACGUUGAUCACGCCUGUGGAUCCUAGCUGCGCUUAUGAUGAUGAAUCCUUCGUAUCCAUACAAGGGUACGCCCCAACGUACAAUACAGCUGGGGGCAUCAAUCUUCCAAAGAUUUGCGAAUGCCACGGUUCGGACGGAAGUAAACAUAGGCAGUUGUUCAAGGGACAAGGUGAAGAUGAUCUCCGCCAAGACGCCGUCAUGGAACAAGUGUUCGACCUAGUAAAUCACGUCUUGACGAGCGAUAUCGAAACUAAGAGGCGUUCUUUAAGAGUUCGAACGUAUAAAGUAAUACCACUCACGUAUAGAUCGGGCGUGAUGGAAUUCGUCCCUCAAACAAUGCCUCUGAGUGGAUGGUUGAUCCCAGCGCAUAAGAUUUUGUCCAGCGCUGCCGGGAAACUCAGCGCUGUGCGGAAAGCAAAGCCAAACAAUCUGGCAAAUACACUGUUGAAAGAAUUUUUAAAGAUCCGCGAGCGAUUCCAUCCAGUGCUUCGACAUUUUUUCACAGAGUCGCAUAAAUCGCCUAUGGCAUGGUUCGAAAUGCGGCUUAAAUAUGCACGAAGUGUUGCCACAACAUCGAUAGUCGGGCAUAUGAUGGGUAUCGGCGACAGGCAUAUCUCGAACAUUUUGCUUGACCGGGUGUCUGGAGAAGUUGUGCACAUCGAUUUUGGGAUUGUGUUUGACCAGGGUCGAUUGUUGAAUAUCCCCGAAACUGUCCCCUUCCGGUUGACCGCUGACAUCGUUGAUGGCCUGGGUAUGACGAAAACUGAAGGGGUUUUUCGUCGCUGUGCGGAAGAAACUCUUCGAGUUCUCCGAAAUGGUUCUGAAGUAAUCUUAACGAUCCUAGAGGUGUUCAAGCAUGACCCACUGCAUUCUUGGACUGCUACCCCUCUCAAGCUCAAGAGAAUACAAGGUACACCAGAUACCAGCGACGGAGUCCAGUCCGAGCCAGGCUUUGCCGAAGACAGUGCUGAUCGGGCGCUUCACUCGGUCAGAAGCAAGUUGGACAAAUCAUUGAGCGUCGACUACACAGUGAACGAGCUAAUUACCAUGGCUAUCGAUCCUGCUAACUUGUGCAUGAUCUUUUCUGGCUGGAAUCCUCAUGCAUAGGCAAUGCCACGCUCAUUUAUUGCCCCGCGCGAUCACUAAGUCCUUUGCAUAUGCUCUUCUGCCUGGGCUAUCUUCUAUCUUAUUUUCCUUGACUUCAAUUUGCUUGUAUAUUUUUUUUUACAAUUAUUAAACCUUAUUUAAUACUGUUCCUCGACGUCAACCCAUUUUUGUGUCCCAA